AUGGGGGAAGAAACCGCCAAGAACUUAUUAAAAGAAAUGAUUUCGAACUUUAUUACCCAAGAUAAGCAUUAUCCGCAAGGACUAAAUUUAAACAACAAAGCUAAAUUCAUUGGUUCGGUUUUUGGAACCAAAUUAGAAGCGGGUAAAAAAGAAGAAGUAAUUAAAGAAACUCGCACUGUGUUAAAUGGUCUAGUGGAAGCCAAAGUUAAUGAAUUAGCUACCAAAGAUUAUGAGGAAACUAAUAAACGCUCCAAAAAUCCUAACACCAUUAAGAAAUUAGCGGGAUUAUACCAAUUAACUAAUGCUGAAAUUGAUUAUCAAAAGAUGAAAAAUGAAGAAGGGAAAUUAGUAGAAAAUAUUAAAGAAUUUUUAAAUGCCGAGGAAAUUAUUUCUAAAUCUGAAACUUUGAAAAAGUUAACCGAGGAAGCCAUAAAAGAGGAUACCAUGGAUGGCUAUUAUAACUUGCUAAAAGAGUUUAGAAAGCAAUCUGAUGAACUGGUGAAACUCCACGGAAAUGAAGAGCAAGCUGAUGAUUUCUUAGCCCAAAUGACUAAAGUCAUUCACGAUCAAAAAUAA